AUGCCUCUCAAGCAAGACACCACAGCCCUAGACGACCCCUUCGAGAAGGCCGAGGCCAAGAAAGAAACCGGCGCCUCCGCGCCCGACGGCAUGGUCGGCGAAAAGGAGUUAGACGCCGCGCUCGGCGACGAAGGCGACGAUGACAUCGAUGUCAAGAAGACUACGGCGCAGGAUGAUCCGCUGGAGGAGGCCGAGGCGAAGAAGGUGUCUUGA